AUGAACAACAAUCCCCCCUUCAAUUCCCGACACCCAACUCCACCCCCAUCUCCGCCGCCGCCGCCGCCGCCAAUCCAAACUCAACCCCACCACUCCCCAAACGACGUCGUUCCCAGCCCUACCCCCGUCGCAUUCGCCUCUUCAUCUUCUACUUCCUUCAACAUUUCAGACAGCAGUGCCCUACAACAACAACAACCCCAACAGCAAAACCCUAGGAAGAAGCGGUCUAAACUGACGAGGCCCGACGCCGAUGACAACCCGGAAAACAAGCGGCCCAGGCCGGCGAAGAAGCCAGACCCUACUGCUCCGAAGAUUACCACGCCGUGCAGCGAGUGCGGCCGCAAGUUCUGGUCGUGGAAGGCUCUCUUUGGCCACAUGCGCUGCCAUCCCGAGCGUCACUGGCGCGGUAUCCAACCGCCGCCGGAUUUCCAACGCACCGAUUCGCCUUCGUCGUCGAGCCCGGUUCAGUGUUUUCCCGAGAUAGAGACCUCCAUGAGCGAAGACGACCACGACGCUGCUUCUAGCCUCUUAAUUCUAGCUGGCGGCACUGACCAAACUACACAACUUCUUCCUGGUACUAGUGGUUGUCGGGAAAACGACUCAGGCGGCUGUCGUUUCGAGUGUUCCAGUUGCAAGAAGGUGUUCGGAUCCCACCAGGCCUUGGGCGGCCACAGGGCGAGCCACAAGAAUGUGAAGGGUUGCUUUGCGAAUACAAAGAGUGAUAUGGAUGCUGAUGAGGAGCAUCAUGAGCAUAGUAAUGUGGCAGUAGUAGCUAGUCGUAGCUAUGGGGUUGAUGAUAGUAAUGCUGAUGAUGUUACGGAGUCGGGGCAUCAGUGUAGCAUUUGCUGGAGGGUGUUUUCGAGUGGGCAAGCUUUGGGUGGGCACAAGAGGUGUCAUUGGGAGAAAGCGGAAGAGGGUUCGGUGGUGAUGACACAAGUUGGGAUGAGCAGUAAUGUUAACAAUUCUGGUGGGCUGGACUUGAACUUGCCUGCUUCUGCUGCUGCCUCUGCUGCUGCGGCUGCUGCUUCUGCUCCUGCGAGUGAAGAUGAUCAAUGCUCGUCCUAUUCGUCGGCUGGCCUGGGUUUGGAUUUGAGGUUGGGUCUUUGA